AAUGCACUGGGCAGCUCGCAGGCGCCAUUCGCUCUUCAGACGCCGGAGACGUAGGAGUGGGUCUUCAGACUCCAAAGGGGUUGGACUAAUGGCGGAUGCUGAGGCGAGGGCUAAGUUGCGGGAGGAGGCCAGACCCGACAGGGGCACCUUGCAGGUGUUGCAAGAUAUGGCCAGCCGCUUGCGAAUCCAUUCCAUCAGGGCCACAUGCUCCACGAGCUCCGGCCACCCUAUAUCAUGUAGCAGUUCUGCUGAGAUCAUGUCUGUGCUGUUCUUCUACAUCAUGAGGUACAAGCAGUCAGAUCCAGGGAAUCCGGACAACGACCGAUUUGUCCUCGCAAAGAGACUGUCGUUUGUGGAUGUGGCAACAGGAUGGCUCGGACAAGGACUGGGAGUUGCAUGUGGAAUGGCAUAUACUGGCAAGUACUUCGACAGGGCCAGCUACCGGGUGUUCUGCCUCAUGAGUGACGGCGAGUCCUCAGAAGGCUCUGUCUGGGAGGCAAUGGCCUUUGCUUCCUACUACAGUCUGGACAAUCUUGUGGCAAUCUUUGAUGUGAACCGCCUGGGACACAGUGGUGCAUUGCACGCCGAGCACUGCAUAGACAUCUAUCAGAGGCGCUGCGAAGCCUUUGGGUGGAACACUUAUGUGGUGGACGGCCGGGACGUGGAGGCACUGUGCCAGGUAUUCUGGCAGGCUUCUCAGGUGAAGCACAAGCCCACUGCUGUGGUGGCCAAGACCUUCAAGGGCCGGGGCACCCCAAGUAUUGAGGAUGCAGAAAGUUGGCAUGGAAAGCCAAUGCCGAGAGAAAGAGCAGAUGCCAUUAUCAAAUUAAUUGAGAGCCAGAUAGAGACCAGCAGGAAUCUUGACCCACAGCUCCCCAUUGAGGACUCACCUGAAGUCAACAUCACAGAUGUAAGGAUGACCUCUCCACCUGAUUACAGAGUUGGUGACAAGAUAGCUACUCGGAAAGCAUGCGGUCUGGCUCUGGCUAAGCUGGGCUACGCGAACAACAGAGUCGUUGUGCUGGAUGGUGACACCAAGUACUCUACUUUCUCUGAGAUAUUCAACAAGAAGUACCCUGAGCGCUUCAUCGAGUGCUUUAUGGCUGAACAAAACAUGGUGAGCGUGGCUCUGGGCUGUGCCUCCCGUGGACGGACCAUUGCUUUUGCUAGCACCUUUGCUGCCUUUCUGACUCGAGCAUUUGAUCACAUCCGGAUAGGAGGCCUCUCUGAGAGCAACAUCAACAUUAUUGGUUCCCACUGUGGGGUAUCUGUUGGUGACAAUGGUGCUUCCCAGAUGGCCCUGGAGGAUAUAGCCAUGUUCCGAACCAUUCCCAAGUGCACGAUCUUCUACCCAACUGAUGCCGUCUCCACGGAGCAUGCUGUUGCUCUGGCAGCCAAUGCCAAGGGGAUGUGCUUCAUUCGGACCACCCGACCAGAAACUAUGGUUAUUUACACCCCACAAGAACGCUUUGAGAUCGGACAGGCCAAGGUCCUCCGCCACUGUGUCAGUGACAAGGUCACAGUUAUUGGAGCUGGAAUUACUGUGUAUGAAGCCUUAGCAGCUGCUGAUGAGCUUUCGAAACAAGAUAUUUUUAUCCGUGUCAUCGACCUGUUUACCAUUAAACCUCUGGAUGUCGCCACCAUCAUCUCCAGUGCAAAAGCCACAGAGGGCCGGAUCAUUACAGUGGAGGAUCACUACCCGCAAGGUGGUUGUGUCAGAGAGACUAUUAGAGAUCUGAGGAGUCAGUAGCUUUACAUCACAAUAAUGCAAACAUCUAUGAGAACUGCUCUGUGAUCUGCUGAGAAUUCUAAGCUGGUCAGUCUGUGCUUGCAGAGUUCAGCCGAUUAGGCCCGAGAGGAGAACAGCGGUUCUCAUUUUACCCUCCUCUGUUUUUCGCGUGAUGACCCGAGGCCUGGGAGAUACUGAGCCAGACCUGCCUCCAACUCCUUCCUUCCACAUGCAUCACACUCCACACACCACACACCACACACCACGGGGAAUCUCCAAAGGGCAGGAGUGGGAGGGAGUGCAGCAAAGCCGAGAAAGGGCUCAGGCUCUGGAGCCCAACUUCAUGAGUCACAUUUCCCUCCUGUUUUUGUCUGAAAAUGGGGGUAACACUGGCACCAACAUCCUAGGGCUGCUGUGAGGAGGGGGUGGAUGCUCCCAGCCAUUGCUGACAAUGAUGUGAUUGGGGAUCUUUGAGGAUUCCACCCCGGAACCCUGACAGGUCCAGCCUUACUCUUUGACCUGCCCACUGACUCUAUUCUCCAUGACGGUGGCCAGUGCUGUCAUCGUGAGGCUGUGGGCCCCACUUCAGCUUUACCUCCAAAAGUCCUGUGGCAGAAUCCUGGGGUGACGUGUCCCCUCUAGGGAAGGUAGGUUGUCUCUGCCAGGAUCCCAGCAGUAUGACCGCACUAAGGAGGCAAGGUGAUCUAUCAGCCAGGGCUCACAGAGACCUGAGCCUUUUCCCCGUGCCUGUGGGCAGGCAGGCCGUGCUGGAGGGUGCUCAGGGCACCUGCUGGGAGGCAGGCAGAUUCCUUCUCACCUGCUCACGCAGACCCAGGCUGACAUGGACCUGCUAUCCCUGAGCUCCCUGUGCUGAGGCAGGGCUCACCCCAUCUUUCCUUUAUCCCGGAAGUAACCCUGCAAAAACACUGGGUUGAGCUGAGGGGUUCCAUUCGGCACACUCACCUGAAGGCACAAGGCCUCCUGUCCCAGAGGCCAUCAAGACCAAGUGCAGCAAGCUGCUUCUGCACGGCCCCAGCGUCAGGUCCUGCUUAGGCCUGUUUUUUUGGUUGUUUCUAUUUUUUUCUCUGUAUUUAGAGAUGGGGUCUCACCUCGUUGCCCAGGCUGGUCUCCAGUGAUCCUCCUGCCUCAGCCUCCAAAAAUUCUUGGAUUACAGGUGUGAUCCACC